UGAACACAAUGACAUCAGUAACGGUGGUUUUCUACCUGACCUGUUUGUUCUUGUGGGGAAAGGCUCAGAAGUCACAUCAGUCCUCAUCUUUUCAUCAAGAGAGUGGCUUCAGAUCAGUUAAUGUUGGUGAAAGUGUAACUUUGCAAUGUUUCUAUGGAAAUGGAGUGUCAACAAUAUUUUACUGGUAUAAGCAAACACUGGGACAGAAACCAAAGCUCAUUUCUACUGUCUUCAUCUAUGAUGACACGGAAAUAUUUUAUGAUGAAUUUGAGAACAAUUCACGAUUUACAAUGGAAAUUAAGAAGAGUGAAAACCAUUUAAUUAUUUCAGAUUUGCGUAUUUCAGACUCCGCUACUUAUUAUUGUGCACGUAGCACUACUUCAGCUUUUGAAUUUGCAGAAGGCGUCACAAUCAGUGUAAAUAUUAACACUUCAGUUCAUCAAUCUUCAUUCGUCCAGCUAGGAGACUCUGUGACUCUGAACUGUACAGUACACACUGGGACCUGUGAUGGAGAACACAGAGUUUACUGGUUCAAAGACUCUGAAGAAUCUCAUCCAGGACUCAUUUACACUCAUGGAGGCAGGAAUGAUCAGUGUGAGAGGAAAAACAACACACAAACACACACCUGUGUCUACAACCUGCCAAUGGAGAACCUGGAUCUGUCUCAUAAUGGGAUCUACGACUGUGCUGUUGCCUCAUGUGGACACAUAUUGUUUGGAAAUGGGACCAAGCUGGAGUUGAAGAAUGAGGAGGUUUCUCUUGUCUUGGUGUAUUUCUUGAGUGGUGCUUUGGCGUUCACCACUAUCCUGACACUUUCGCUGGCUGCCUUACUGUACACACACAAGAGAAAAGGCCAGCAAGUUACAGAGCCUCAUGAAAGAUUUUCGGCUUCAUACCCAAUGAACUCAGAGCAGAGUUUCCAGGCGGAAGAAAACCUCCAUUACGCUGCUUUAAGAGUAAAGAAGGCCAAUCGAUCAAGAAGUCGAAGAGAUGACACAGAGACGAUAUGCAUCUACUCUGGUGUUAGGAAAUAAAACCGAUCAUCUUUUAGCUGUGUCUCACGGUAAAAUGACGACGGUAGCUGUUCUUUGUAAUUUUACUUAAAAUGUAAAUAAUUACUAUAAACCUAUAUACUAUAUAUACUAUACUAUAAAAAAAAAAAAAAAUCUCUGUCUACAUGUGAAGUGCCGGUUUUGAAAAGAAACAGAAGCGUAUCCAGACUACUUUUAUGUUUUCGGCAAAAACUGAGAUGAAAACUGCAAAUUUCACAAUAUCAGAAAUCUACCAUUGCCAGUAUACUAGAAUUGUCUCUCUCUAUUUGAAAUUUAUCGUGGGAUAACAAAAUUUAAUGAUGUUCUGUCAGUAUUUUCUGUUCACACCGAUUCGUACCACAGGAUAUGUCUUAGUAGAAUUCAUGGAUAUACUUUCUAUUUUUAUUUAAUAUGAAAUGAGAUAAACUAUUAUGUGAUGCUGAAUGAAUACAACUCUAAAUCAUCCAAUAAUGAAUAUAAGAGGCAUUUAUCCCUUAAAAAUGGCAGAUUUUUAUGAUUCUAUGAAGCAUCUUGUAAGGAUGAUUUGAACAGUGGAGACUUCAUAUUGAUGGAUAAAAGUGAGACUACUUGCUGCUUGUCUCACCUACCAGUAUUUCGACCAUGAAUUGUGUUUACGUGCCACCCAGGAACUUUUUUUCCAACAGUUUCAAGUGAUUCAUCAUUUUAUAAUUGUUGUAAUAAAUUGCAUUUGG